GCGAGGGCUCACCUCGAGAACAUCGCCAGGCAGGGCUUCUCGCUGGUGAAGAAUGUGGAGACCGACAGAGGUCCUCCAGCAACAGCCACACCUGCCACUCCCAUCACUUGGGUGCGGCAGCUCGUCUUCGACGAGGCCCCGCGGCCGGGCUUCUGUGGCAAUAGAAGAGCUGCCCUGCCUCCCGUCCCACACAACGAACUAGGCAUCCCCGCCCCAGGACGGCAGCACAGGCAUGUAAGGCACGGUCUUGUGGUGACGAGAGCCUGUGGCGUUGCAUGA